CUGUUUAACAACUCUUACCAGUUGUCCGAUUCACGCAGAGAAUCAAUUCUCUGUUCUCUGCAGCUUUAUGUCAAUUGUUUAACAACUCUCUCCGCCUCUCUGUAGUUCACUUCAGCCAAUAUAUUCACGUCCAUUUUCUGUACAACUCAAGUUUCUGGAGCAGCUCCACACACUUCUUCUGUUCUAUGAUCUCCUAGUUAGUUUGUCUGAAAUUAGCAUCUCUUCCGAUGCAGUUUAUCUCAAUUCUUUUGUUGCUCGAUCAUUCAAUUCCAAUGAUCAUCAUCAUCCCAUUUGAAAAAUGGAGGGAAGAACAUGUAGGAAUGGUGAAACAGUACCUCGAAUCCCUAGUAACUAGGAACAAUGCAAAGACAGAAAAAAGUUGGAGAAUGGUGGGAAGAACAUUAACAUCCGAGAUUGAUGGUCCGGAGUGCCAAAAACUCUUAGAAUGAAUGUCGAUCAAGAGGUAGCUCCUGAUUGACCUCAUUCUAAUUUUAAGGAAACAGAUCUUCAGAAAGAAAGUAUAAUUUGUCCUAAUCCCAAAAGGCCAUCAUGAGGUGGUUAAGGAAAAGUUUAAGAAAAAGAAGUUUAAUUCUGCAGUCCAUCGCGUUCAUCUUGCUCUUCAAAUUGUGAAAAACAAGAAGAAUGAGAGCAGACUAAUGUUCGGUUCAGCAUGCCUAUGCAUAGGAGUGAUGACUUGGGAACGAGGACAUGGCUGGUGAUGACUUGGGAGAGGACAAACCUAAUAUCCAAGGGGCACAAACAUGAAAUCAAGAAAGGAAUCUGGUAAUGACAAAACAACCCUUUGCAGGUUCGUUAACCCCCUCCUCGGCGCUACGAGUAUUUAGUUUGGCUAGCAGGAGUUUAUAAAUGAUAACACAUUAGGUGACCAUGAGUUUUUAGUAUUUAGAUGCGAGGGGAAUAUGCAUUUCGGCAUCCAAGUUUUGGAAAAGAGUGGAUGUGAGUCAAUUUUCUCGAUACCAUGAGUACAUCAAAAGUUCACCUCCACGAGGAGUAAAAGACCUUGUGGCUGACCAAGAAGAAAAGUGUAUGCUUAUAAAAAAAACCUUUGUGGUAGACAACAAAAUUCCCCGUCAGCAGCAGUAAGCACCUCUAUGAUAAUCCAGAUGCAGAUAAAAACCUUCCAACUUGCGAAUCCGAUGAAUUCAAAGACAUUAGAAAGAAAAGUACCAAGACAGCAUACCUGCGGAUUGGGAAGCUGCUGGAUAUAUCAUAUCCAAAUUCCCUCAUUUUAAAAGCAUUAUUAGAAAAUAAAAUAUUCUGGCUGUCCCCAGAGUUAUCUCUACAAGGUCUACACUCUACAGAGCAUGCUUUCAAAAGUAAUUCAAAGGAAGAGACCUAGACAGUAAAUGCCAUCUUCCAUUUGAACGCACUAAUUUUCUGCUGGACGGACUUCUUUUUCACAUGGGUUGAAAGCAAGGGACAACCUAAGACUGAGGAAUGUGUUGCUUCCCUCGUCUUCCCCACCCGCUUUGUCUCAGCAACACAACACAACACAACACAACAGCAACCACCCAGAAUUGCAGACAGACCAGCAAUUGUUCAGGCCUCACAAAAGCCCCUAUUUUGGCUCAUCCUCCAGAUAAAAUUUCAUUGCAAGAAAUUUCUUACUCACUGAUACAAUCCAUCAGCAAAAGAAAACUUGAAAGCUUCACUCUUCACUGCGAUAACUAAGAUAUAAGAGCAAAAUUUUGAGUCUGUUCAAGGCAUCCAAGAAAUGGCGAGAGCAGGAUUCAACAAUGGUGGUAUGGAGGAGCAGAAGGGUCCUACCUUCUUCAAGAUAAUCAAGCCCGGAUUCAACACAGAUCAUCUGAGAAUUCCACCAGCAUUCAGGAAGCACAUCUUGAAUGAACUCUCUAUAGGGGCAACUUUGACUCUGAGCAGUUCUGCAGAUUCUUCAUGGAAUGUCAGAGCCCAUAAAAUAGGAAGGGAUAUUUAUCUCAAGGAAGGCUGGCAAGAGUUUCUAAGAGAUAACUCCUUAGGUGAUUCAGAGUUCUUGAUGUUUGGAUAUGAUGGAAAUAUGCAUUUCAGCAUAGAUAUUUUUGAGAAGAAUUGUUGUAAGAGAACCAAAGCUCCCGCUUUGAGAAGGCAUCAACAAUCCACCUUUACUAACAAUACUAAAAGACCACGUGGUAGACCAAGAAAGAGCGGUGAUGCAGCUGAACACACUCUAAAUGGUGAAUCCAGUAACAGUACUAAAAGACCACGUGGUAGACCAAGAAAGAGCGGUGAUGCAGCUGAACACACUCUAAAUGGUGAAUCCAGAAACACUACUAAAAGACCUCGUGGUAGACCAAGAAAGAGCGGUGAUGCAGCUGAACACACUCCAAAUGGUAAAUCCAGUAUUCCCAUGGAGUAUACUGAAUCAAGAUUCCCCGCUUUUAUCCGAACCAUUAAUAAAGUCUAUGGAGUGGAUUUGCCCACAGGCUUCUGUAGGAAGCAUCUUCCUCCUGACUACUACAAAUUCAUCCUGGAAAAUACAGAGGGAGACAGAUGGGAAGCGAAUGGUGUUCCUAGCAAUAAUACAAUUCUGUUGUCUAGAGGAUGGGUUUCUUUUGCACGGGGUAACGGAGUUGAAAUAGGAGAUGAUUGCUUGUUUGAGCUCCAGAGCAAAAGCAAGAUGGUGGUUCACAUGGUGGUUCACAAAAUUAGGCAAAACAACUGAUCAUUUUGAAGCUGCAGUUAAGCAGUUUUAUUUUUUUUAUGUGAGCUAACUUUAGGGUUCUCUUUUCACCACCAAAUAUGUUGGUAUUAUUUCUUAUUAUGGGAUGAUUAUGCUGUAUUUAGUGUCGAAAUGGUGUAUGAGAUUAUAAGUGUUAAUUUAGAUUUGGUGAGCCAUAUGAAAUAACCACUCUGUU